UCCAAAGCACUGCUCAGUCUCCUGGCUCAUGCCUGAGCUUAGGCUGCCUUCUGGUAAGUGGCGCACAUCUCCCCCUCUCGACCAGCCGCCAGGUGCCUGCUGCCGGGCAAGCACUCACACAAUGGACUCACUUGUUUCCCUGUCUCCUCUCCGUGGACUUGCAGCCUGAGAAAACAACUUGCAGGAGUCAAGAAGGACCCUGCCUGGAGCGUGGACUCGAAGAGCCUUCCAGACAGGUCGAAGCUAAUGUUCACGCAGACAAAACAAACAAUGCCCAGCCCACGAAAGAAUAAAUUAUUCACAUCCACGCCCCCGCCCAGCACCACCCAACAAGCAAAAGAAAAAAUAGGAUGGGAAUUUUCCAAAUAAAAGAUUUUGUUUUCUCUUUCAAAUGGGGGAUACCCUAAGACAGCCAAAGGGAUUGACGUUGGCUUUGCAGUGACAACGCCCCCCGCAUCGCCUAGCACGAAUCCAGGUUCCCUGAGAGCCACAAGGUGGGAAACAGACCUAGGGGGAGGAAGUGACAUAGGCAAAGCAGUUUAGAAGAAAUAGGAACUUCGAGAUCGAAAGAACAAAACGAUCGAGUUUUAAACCGGGCUCGAAGAGUGAAACUUGGGGAGAGGAAAGGACAGGAGCUCUCCGCAGGAAACUACCUGGAGAUGAAAGCCGAAAAAUAAGGAAGUGGCAAGCGGCAACUUUGCAGUGGACAGCAAGUUGUGUACCCUGCGAGGCCUCUGCUGAACAUCCCUAAGCUGCCCUUUCUGGCGGGGCGCCCGCAGCAUCAGCACCAGCGGCGGUACCAGCAGUAGCAGCAGCGGCAGCGGCGGCGGCAGCUGCGCGCCUCCGGCCCGCCCCGCGCGGUCCCCGCUAGCCCGCGCCCUGCCCGUCUGCGUGUGCGUGUGCGUGCGCUCAGCCCAGCGUGAGCGGCACCUGCUAGUCCCGGCACGCCGAGGAGGCCGCCUCGCCCGGCUCCCACCGCCGUGCCCGCCGGAGCGGCGCAGAGGGCUUCGAAGGCUCCGAGGUCGCCCAAGCAGCCGCGGUACCCUCGCCGCCAGCAAGUCCGCCUGGCUCCGAGUCACGUGUCAGUGCCCGAGGCAGAGACUGAGAAAAAAACGCGCUUCAUUCCUUCUUCCACCGCCAUACUGUAUUUUCCUAAAUCUCAUUUUUAUUCCAACAUUUUACUCCCGCUCGGUGAGUACCUUCUCAGUGGCAUUCUUGUCCUAUUCUUUUUUUUUGUCCUUUUUUUUGUUUUUGUUUUUGUUUUUUUUUUUCUUCUUUUUUUUUUCUUCCCACUUCUUUGAUUAUUGUUUGUAUUUGGGAAAGCUGACGAGCAUGGUCUUAAGCCUUUUCCUGAAUCAAGUUUUCCUAGCAUGCGAUGGUUCUCUAGACAAGGCGCUGUGUCUGGGAGUCCGCGGUAGCUGUGCCCGCUGCGAGCGGCUCCCAAGUCCAGCAAAAUGUGCAACUGGUUUUAUGGAAAAAGCGUUGUGAAGUAUGAUGCCUAUUUUUUUCCCUUUGUAAAGAUAAGAAAGCAUGUUUCUAACUCUUUUUUACAUACUCUUUUUCCGAUUACAUUUUUGUGUAGGUGGGAUUUUACAGCAGUAUUCACAAGUUUGUCGUCUUGCAAUUCGGUGCGCACCACUGAGCAAAGACAUUAAUUUUGCAUUUUUAUGACCUUUUUGGAAGCCUGUGAGAAAUAUUUCGUUUUUUCCCCUCCUGUUUUUGAUAUCAGUUGAUAACAUGAAACUUUUCUUGCAGCUAGUUAAUGGGAUUAUUUUUAAGCAAAUGCUUUUUUCCUCCUUUACAUUAACUGUGACUUUUGCACAUUUGACUUUUUUAUUUAAAAAAACCGAGAUAAUUUUAUGAUAGAUAUCCUGAUAUCUAUAUCUAUAUUAUCCCUUCUUCCUCCUUCUCCCCUCCCCGUAAAUCAAUUUUCAAAUGAUGGCAGUGGAAGGUUUUUCUGGAAAAAAAAAAAAAAAUGAAGUGCGGUUUGGUUUCCUUGUCAACGGAGGAUGAAGUGAACAGCACAACAGCUCGCAGAGAGCAGGAUUAAAACAAGGUGAGACAACCAUGACCGGCAAAACACAGACCAGCAACGUUACCAAUAAGAAUGACCCCAAGUCCAUCAACUCCAGGGUUUUCAUCGGCAAUUUAAAUACAGCAAUCGUCAAAAAAGUGGACAUUGAAGCUAUUUUUUCCAAGUAUGGGAAAAUUGUGGGCUGCUCCGUUCACAAAGGGUAUGCUUUCGUCCAGUACAUGAGUGAGCGCCAUGCAAGAGCAGCAGUGGCUGGAGAAAAUGCCAGGGUCAUCGCAGGCCAGCCUCUUGAUAUUAACAUGGCAGGGGAACCCAAACCAUACAGACCAAAACCUGGAAACAAGAGGCCACUGUCUGCUCUUUACAGGCUUGAAUCAAAGGAGCCAUUCCUGUCUGUUGGUGGUUAUGUCUUUGACUAUGAUUACUACAGAGAUGAUUUCUACAAUCGGCUGUUUGAUUACCAUGGACGUGUGCCUCCGCCUCCUCGAGCUGUCAUCCCUCUGAAGCGUCCCAGAGUGGCAGUCACCACCACUCGCCGAGGAAAAGGCGUCUUUUCCAUGAAAGGGGGGUCCAGAUCUACUGUUGGUGGGUCAUCUUCAUCAGGUUCUAAAUUGAAAUCAGAUGAGUUGCAGACAAUCAAGAAAGAAUUAACCCAGAUCAAAACUAAGAUUGACUCCUUGCUAGGGCGCCUGGAGAAGAUUGAGAAGCAGCAGAAGGCAGAGGCAGAAGCUCAGAAGAAGCAAUUGGAGGAGAGUAUAGAGCUGAUCCAAGACGAGUGUGUGUCAGAGAAUGCAGACCACUCCACAGAGGAGCCUGCUGAAGGAGGGCAAGAAGCGGAUGGAGGAGAAAUGACUGAUGGGGUAGAGGAGGACUUCGAUGAAGAUGGGGGUCACGAGCUGUUUCUACAGAUAAAGUGAUCUGAAGUUGUAUACAAUAUUGUAAAAGAAGAAAAGGAAACUGUGACAUGUGGAGAAAUGUCAAAGGUGGUUUCGUUCUGAACAGCAGCACCUCCAAUUCAGUUUAUAUAAAAGUCCUAGUCAUAUGGACAGUAUUGUUCACUUUUAGACAUGCCAUUUCUUCUGUGUUACAGGCUGUACAAUUGUUGUUUUAUGGUUUACAUUGUAAAUGUGUUUCCCCUCUUGCUAUUUAUGUUUUUUAAGUCUUAAAGUGUGAUGGACAUUAAUGAAUGGUGAGAGAGACACUGUAUACAAAUGUAUAUUUGUAAAAGCUAUUUUUAUGAUUAGCAUGUGUCAUUGUUGAUCACCUAGUCAUGUGGUAUUGCAAUCCAACAUUUAAAGCUUGUUUCCAACAAUGUCAUACAGAGAAUAUACAUUGUAUGCUAGUUUUUAUAAUUUAUUUUCAAUUUAUAGUCUAAAGUACCUUAGAACAUGUGGAAAACUAUUUGAAAAAGCUAUAUUUCUGCCCUAUAUAAGCACCAUUUUAUUAAUAAAAGAAUGCAGUUAUUUCAGAAGUGAUGCAACCAUUUAAGGACUUUGGUUUGACAUGUGAGCAUGCUUGGCACUAGUGAGCUGAAAUGAUCCAAUCAUCACCUAUUCCUUGAGACUGACUGAGAUUCUGUUGACAGUUUUCAGCAUUUGAGCAGAUGAGAAGUAUAUUAAUAAGGAAAAGAUUGUCUUGUCCUGGAAUCCAAAAGUUUCAGUUAGUGCACACACCCCUCCAUCUCAUCUCCUAGUCCUCAGAAUCCUCCAUUCCCAAGCAUUGUGUUUUCCAAAUACUCUUGGCUAUUGUCUUGUGCAGUGGAAAUGGGAGAGACCAUCCCACUGGCUGUAGGCACACUCAGCACAUAAUUUCUUAAUAAAUAAUGGUUCUUUUAAAACAAA